AUGUCUGAGGUACAGACUCGGCCUGCCGCCUCGCGCGGCAGAGGUUCUGGUCGCGGUGGAAGAGGUGGAUUCGCCAGCCGGGGUGGACGCACUGCCGGCAGACCCAAUGGCGAUAAGUUUGCCGAUGAUGCGACUGCGUUUGAGGACCAAGGCGAACUCGGCGAGCUGAAGAAGCAAUACGGAUCAAAGACUCCUCUCAUCAAGGAACUGUUCCCCGAUUGGUCUGAGCAGGAUAUCCUCUACGCUCUUCAAGAGACAGAUGGUGACGAGAAUCUUACCGUCACCCGCAUUGCUGAAGGCACCAUCUCGCAAUGGGGCGAGGUCACGAAGAAGGCCCCACGCUCCAAGGCUAAGGAGCCCACGACUGCCUCCUCAAACAUCGACUCAUCCAACGCCAGAUCUACUCGUGGCGGACGCAACGUCUCGGAUGCUGGCCGUGGUCGCGGCAGAACCACUGAAAGAGGAGGCGCUCGCGGUGGCCGGGGCAGGUCCUCACACACAGCAGCUACUAAUGGCACUCGUCACACCAAGGAGAACGCUCAGCCGCUCUCUGUGCCUACCGAGGAGUCGAAUGCAUGGAACACCCCAUCCGAGGCGAAGGACGCACCUACCGAGGACCCCUGGGCCCCCAAGGAGACCACCGAGAAGCCCGCCGCGGCUCCCGCUCCCGCUCCCGCUGCCGCAUCCGAGGCUCCCAAGCCCGCCGCCCCUGCUGCCAAGACGUGGGCUAGCAUGCUCCGUCAGUCGACCGCGCCCAAGCCCGCCCCGAAGCCGCCCAAGGAGGAGCCCGCGCCUAAGCCCGCCGAACCCAUCGAACCUCUCCCUCCCGUCGCCCCUGCCGUUGAACCUACACCCGAGCCUGAGCCUGAGCCGCAGCCUGAGCCCGCUGUUGAAGCCCCCGCCGAACCAGCUCAAGAAGAACCAGCUCCUGCAGAAGUACCAACCGUCAUUGAACCUGAAGUGGUUUUGCCGCCUUCCAAGGACCAACUCACUGAGACGAAUCUUGAACAGGUCGUCGACGAAUCGCACCCGCCCGCGACCGCUACCGUUGCCAGCACGACCGCCGAUUCCUGGGAUCCUCGUCAGGCCGCCGCCAGCGCUACCGCAACCCCCCUGUCUGCCUCGCAACAGCAGCACCUGCCUGCCCGCCCCGUCGCUGCCACCUCGAACAGCGGUUUCGCCACCUCUGCCAUCAAGGCCACUACCGAGAGAGGAGCCCGUACCCCGAGCUAUCAGCGUCGCGUUCUGGACCAGGAGGAGGCUGUCCGUAUGCCUGGCAACCGCGAGGUUGACCGCGCCGCUGUCCAGUUUGGUGCUUUUAGCUUGAACGACGAGGACGACAUCGAUGGUGACCGUGAAGAGCCCGAGACCAGAACCCAGCCCCCCGCCGAUUCCCCCGUCGCCCACCCCCGAACCUCUCUCCCUCCCGCUCCUCAACAAGCUCCCGUGCCCGAGGCCAUUGGCACCCAGAAGCCCGCUCCUGGUCUGCCUCCCGCGGCUGCUGCCCCCCCUACUGGUCCCGCCAGCGCCGUCCCUCAGCCUCCCGCUUCGAACCAAACUCCUCAGCAGGCCGCCCAGCAGCCGCCCUACUCGCGCUUCAGCCAGGCUGGCGCCCAGGAGCCCUCUGCUUUCCCCCAGAAACCUAUCGAUCCCUUCAACCAGCCGAACCCCUCUGCCACUCAGAACCAGUUCGACAGCUUCCCCACCCAAUCGCAGCAGCAAAACCAGCAACCUGGUGGAGCAUUCAGCUCCGCGCCUAGCGAGUACUCUUCUUACUACACCGCCGACCAACAAAACCGACCCCCUUACAACUACUACAACCAGCCUUAUGGCCAGCAGGGCGCCCAGGCUCACCAGGACAGCCUUUCAUCCCAGCAGAGAUUGUUCGGCGGUUACAACGCAUCUCAGCAAGCUGACAACCUCAGCCAAUACCCUCAGAGCGGCGGCCUGCAGAACCAGUCUCGUUACGGAGGCGUCACGAACGAUGCCCAGAACAGCGGACAGACGACACCUAACCCUACUGCUCAGAGUCAGCAGCAGCCAGCUAGCCAGGCUUCUCAGCCUCAGUCUCACGGCCAGCAGAGCUACCCUUACAACAGCCACCCUUACUACAACAAUGCUUACUACUCGAACUACAUGAACUACGGUCACUACGGCCAGGGAGGAUACGGUGGUGGCCCGUACGGAAAGGGAGGUCUCUACGGCCACCCCUACGGCAUGUCGCCCCAGGGCCCUUAUGACCACGCCUCUUCCCCCGCCGGCGGAUUCGGCCAGUCGUCUCUCCACCGUGCCGACAGCGGUCUGAGCUCCGGCUUGGGUGGUGAUCAGUUCGGUCGCGCUGGUUCCGCUCAGUCCGGAAACCAGCCUGGCCUUGCCGGUGCCAGCGGCUUCGGUGGCGUGCAGGACACCUUCGGCCGUGGCUCUUCUUCCUUCCAGUCCCCCGCUGGUCAAGGUUUUAACAGCACCGCCCAGCCUGCUGGCUCCGCGUCUGCCAGCGAUGACUUGAAGCCUUUCGGCGACAGCAAGCCUGGCUCCGGCCCUUCGCCCUCGCUCGGCGGUGCUCGUCCUGGCUCGGCCACGAACAACACGCCCUCUGGCCAGACUGGCCUUCCCCCUCCUCAGUCCACCUCUCAGAUGGGUGGUUACGGAGGCUACCCCAGCCACCUCCAGGGACACGGUCUCCACGGAAGCAGUGGCUACGGUAUGGGCGGCGCCACUAGCGGACAGCACGGCAACGCUCCGUUUGGAUCCUACGGCCAAGGUGGUUACGGCAGUGGAUACUACGGCAGUGGCGGCCAGCAGCAGCAGCGCGGCGGCUGGGGCGGAAACUACCAUUAG